ACAAGUGUCAAACUCAGCUCUUUAAGUGGGUAGAAAGAUAAGCUACAUUUGUGAGCGAAAAGAGGCUAUACUAUAAUUUGACCAAAUUUCCUCACAACUAUAGUGGAAUGCCAAAAACUGUCUCUUUAGGAAGUUUGAAGUCAUUUGAAAUCACCUUUGUAUAAUAAGAACUGCAUCUAUGAAAUGUCCUCACCAAUAUAGUGAAACCCAACAUGUGUGUGGGUUUGUAUAACUGUGUGUUACAUUUAGCGGGAGGGAGAGAAUCUAUAUCUGUGAGAGUUUCUUUGUGUGUGAUUGUGUGUGAGAGAAAGAGAGAACGAUUCUAUAUCUGUGAGAGUAUCUGUGUGUGUGUGUGUGUGUGUGUGUGUGUGUGUGUGUGUGUGUGUGUGUGUGUGUGCUGGUCUGAGAGCAGGUCCUCUGUGUUUGCCAGCUGAGCUCAGGUGACACACUGGAGGGCUAUUACAGCCUGUUGCCCUCUCCCGGGACCAUGAUGCCCUGCUGGUUCUGUGUGUGAGUGUGUGAGAGACAGCAGACAGCGAGCAGACGGCUGUCUGUGUCCUGCAGCGUCUGCGUCUCUCUUCUGCAGAGAUGGCUAAUCUCAAACUAAAACACUGGAUCAGCAUCAGAAUCUGCGCUGUCAUAAUAACUCUGUUCCUUAUUCAUGUACAAGUUAAAAGACAAAGCCAGCUGAUGCAAACAGAAAAACGAGAGCUCCUUCUAUCCACAGAGAUCCCAGCAGAGCACAUUGACCCCGCCUCUAUAGAUCUUACUGGACUCGUCAACACACUCAUCAAUGCUUCACAACCAGGUUCACAGCAUCUUUUUUCCUUACUCAGUGUGACGUCACACAGUUCACUCUCUCUCCACAAGCUCACGCUGCUGGUCUACAAUAUCUCAAACUUUCAGGACAUUGAGAGCAGUUUAUUUUCCUUGAGAUACUGUUACUGUCUGACAAACAGGACCAAUGACCUCACAGAUUUCACGGCUAUUCUGUUGGAUGUGAUGGGAAAUUCCACCAGUUACCUGCAAGAACUAUUUAAGUCCAACUCUAUACUCUCAGUCAGUCAGAAGAACAGCUCUGAUUGCAUCUAUAUCUGUGUCAUGGCUGGAAAGACAGACGGUGAUCUGUCUCAGCUGUGGGACAUGGGCUCAGUCACACCUCUGUUUAAUCAGACCAUCACAGAGGAAGUAACCAGAGGUAAUAUGACAUUUCCACUGCUGCCCUUUGUAGUGUGGCAUGACCUUCCAAACAACAGUGACCUGGUGCUGUGGCCUAAAGCCAGUACAGACUCCUACAGGACUCCCAGUACAGCUUCCCAGAGGAGCAGAGUAUCAACAAGCGACGAAUCCAAAACUGAAGUGCCAACCACUAGUGCUACAAUGACAUCAUCACCUCUUAUUAGAUGGACAGUAGCUCCUCCCACUACUGUCACUGUGACGACCACUGCUACUGUUUCUAUGACAAACACAUCUACUAGUGAUCUCACAACUGCUGUGAUAACCCAGCCAAAAGCUGAUACCAUGACAACACAGCCAACAAAAACCCCACACACGACUGUUACCACAGUAACCUCAGAGACCGCAACAAUUUCACUGCCAACUCAGAAACAAACAACCACGACAAGCAUCCAGCAGCUUACUAAAGUAUCUCAUACAGAAAAACCAGGAUGCCCAUGGAGAAUAGAGCUACUUCAUCAAGGAAGUGAGAAAGAGGACCUGAAAGAGACCCUUGAAGAGGAGCUGAUCUGGGGCAGAGCAACCAUCAGCUCAGUGAAGCUGCAGCCAUGUGUGUUUGAGCUGUGCAAGUUUUACUCUCAGUGUGUGUGCAGAGGAUUCAGUCACAGAGCAGCAGCGUUACAGAGAUACUGUGUGGACAGCCAUCACUGGUAUGAGAGACAUACAGCAGAGGUCUGCAGUCGGAUGAGGAGAGUCGCUUUUUCCAAAAAUCUGAAGCAGAAAUGUCUGGCGAGAAUGUGUGUGAAGAUUUAAGACAAGAACUGAGAUUCUUUUGCGGGUGACAGACAUCUGAACCAUCUGAACUCAAGAAUGUGUGUGUGUGUGUGUGUGUGUGUGUGUGUGUGUGUGUGUGUGUGUGUGUGUGUGUGUGUGUGUGUGAGUGAGUGAGUGAGUGAGUGAGUGAGUGAGUGAGUGAGUGUGUGUGUGUGUGUGUGUGUGUGUGUGUGUGUGUGUGUGUGUGUGUGUGUGCAAGAGAAACUGUGUUCUGUUAAACAAUGAACUACAUUAAAUCAUCACUGAAUCUGAAUAGUAGUGUGUGAAUCUAUAGUGUCCAGAUUGUACUUUUGUCUCUCCUGAACAUGAAUAAAACCAAACAUAUUUA